GGAACUCAAUGGAGAAGAGUGGGAUACAGUGAACACAACAAUUAACACCUGGCUGUGCACGAAGGAGCCUGAGCGGCGGUUUCAACAAUAUCAGGUCACUUUCAGAGCACCAAGUGGAUCAAGCUUCCCUCCCAUUCUCAAUGGGUAUGAGGUCUACGUGGCCAAUGAGCGCUCUCAAUUAGCAACUGAUGCUGGAGAUGUUGCAGCACUUAUGGAUAUCAAAGAUAAACUCAGACUGACGAACAGGAGUUGGGCUGGAGACCCAUGCCUUCCAGAAGACUACCCAUGGGAUGCCUUGACCUGCAAUGAAGCACCAAACCGUCGAAUUAUUACACUGGAUCUCUCGGGCAGCGGAUUGAAUGGAGAAAUACCGGCUUCUAUAGCUAACCUCAAUGAGCUCACGUCACUGAACCUAUCAAACAAUCAACUGACAGGUCCCAUACCAGAAAGUUUUGCUCAUCUGACCAAACUAAAGUCAUUGGAUUUGUCAAGAAACAAUCUAACUGGGCUGGUUCCAAGCACAUUAAUAGAUAAAAACGACAGUGGUGUACUUCUACUAAGCAUUUUCCAAAAUCCCAGCCUUCUGAGACCCAACUCCUCUGAACCAACUCCAAAGAAGAGCAAGAAGAACAUGUUUAUUGUAGUGAUAUCUGUUAGUGCAACAAUAGUCUUGCUCUUUGCCUUUGCAUUUGUUCUGAUAAUGAAGACAAGGAAAAUAAAUGAUAAAAACAGAAAUUCAGUAUCCUUAAAUUGGGAGCAGCGUCUUCGAGUAGCUCUAAGUGUUGCACAAGGAUUGGAGUAUCUUCAUUGUGGAUGCGAACCACCAAUCAUUCAUAGAGAUAUCAAGACCGUCAACAUCCUCUUAAAUGAAAAACUGGAAGCCAAAGUAGCAGAUUUUGGGCUGUCAAGAUUAGGGCCAACUGAGGAUGACACUCACAUAUGGACUAUUGCCGUGGGCACCCCUGGAUAUGUGGAUCCUGAGUACAACAUCACGAACAAGCUCACUGACAAAAGCGACGUCUAUAGCUUUGGGAUAGUUCUUUUGGAGCUUAUAUCAGGCCAGCCUGCAAUAAUUUUGGAGGAAGAGAGACUACAUAUAGUACACUGGGUAACUCCCAAGAUUAAAACAGGUGACAUUGUUAGUGUGGUUGAUCCGAGGUUGCAGGGGGAAUAUGACAUUAAUUGAAUGUGGAAAGCCGUUAAGAUAGCAUUGGCAUGUACACCAGAGACAGCCGUUAGGCGGCCAACGAUAAGUGAUGUUAUCGGUGAACUGAGAGGAUGUGUAGAGCUUGAGUCAUCGUGUCGCAGGAGAACUUCAAGAACAGAAUACCACACAUCAAGCCCCAUAACUGCUUCAAUAAAUAUGGAGAAGGAACCAGGAUUUGAUCUAUCACCAAGGUAGUCAGCUUCAACAGUUUUCGCAUGCAAUGUCGGAAGCCAUUAUAGGUCAGUCAACAUCUGCCAAGGUUCUCAAAGCAAUUAGAUACGUUGAGCAAGCCUUUUAUUUCAUUCUUAAAUUUUAUGUACUUCUGCUCACUCAACAUUGAAUGUGGCCCGUGAUUCUCUUAUGCCUUCAGUCUACUCUUCUUUGGUUUUAUGAGGUAGACUAGCCUGUAAUUCUCUAUUAUUGGGUGUAAUUCUCGAUUAU